AUGUAAGGACGAGUGAUUUUAUUGCAUCAUAUUGUAUCCCAAUAGCCAGUUUACAACAAGGUUAUCGCCAUAUUCCCCUUAACGAUUUAAAUGGUGAUCAAUACCCAUUCACUACCUUGUUCAUUUAUUCCUCACUUUCGGGAUGA